UUCUGAGAAUCAGGCACUUAACAUUUGACUCAGUUUAGCUCUUGAUGUUUAAUGCUGGAAUGUCAUGUGUUUCAGUUAUCAACAAAUUUAGAAACUUCUUUGAUAGGAGCUUUCCACUAGAAAAAGUAGCCCUAUAUUGACCUAAUAGUGGGGACAUUAAGGUUGCUGUGAGAUCAUUAAAUCACUCUAAUGAUGAUUUUAAAAAAAACAAAAAGUCCUUAAUAGCAUAUUACACCAAUGCUUCACAAGAUCUGGUAUCUGUGUGGAGUCCUAACUCUUAACAGUUGACACACAAAACUAUAAUACUGUAUAAUAAACAGUCUCACUAUAACAGCUUGGCUGGCCUCAUAUUUUCCCCAUUACAUCUCUAUUUAUAUUGUUAAUCUAUGUAAAUUUGCUCCUGAAAUAGUGUGCAUUUCAACUCAUUGCUAGCAUCUGUGGUAUGAAAUAGUGAAAGUUAAUCAGUCCAUUUGGGGAUGAAACUUUUGAGACUAUCCAAUUAGCAUCAUCCUGAGUUAAAUGCAAUACUCUCCAAGCACCUUCUAAAUCUUUUGUCCUCAUUUCAAAGCCCAGCACAUUCUCUUAUUUUGUUAAGCAUGUGGUAUGACUGGGACAGGGAAGAAGAAAAAGCGUGUUGUCACUUGAGUGAGACUGCCUUUAAUGUCUUAAAGCUUAGUUUCUUAGGACGGCUAGUGUUUACCCCAGAAUUACUCUAAGGAUCAAUGAAGUUGUUUUAAAGCCUUUAGCAGAGUGUCUAAUCCUUGGUAGGUAUUUGAUAAAUGGCAUCUACAUGAAUAAUAAUAUUUUUUGACCACUUCAUCAGGCCAAGAAAAGAAAAAGACAUGGGGAGCAUAAAGGAGGAGGAUGAUAUAGUGAGCUUGAUUUUAAUCAUAUAAAAUAGAUUACAUUAGGUAGGGAUGUCCUGAGGAUUAGCGUGAUAGUGACUUUGUUGCUAAGUACAUAAAGCAAAACAAUGACAUAAAAACAAGUGUGCCAAGUACUGAGUGGAGGAGAGAGAUGGAGGCAGACGCUGCAGGGGAAAAAAAAAAAAAGGCUGAUUAAAAAGGGCCCUUUGAUUCCACAGGCACAAAAAUCCACAGCCAGGAAUUUGCUGCCACCUCUGAGUCAGGCAGGGGGUGGGGGUGCACAAUCCCAUUAGAGAAUGACCAGUGGAUUUAGUCUGUGAGAGUCACAUUUCUUAUUUGGACCAGUGUAGACAGAAGCAAACCCAGCUCACUUGUUUCUUGGGACAGUUAGGGGAUGGCUUUUGCAGAGCAUUCACCACGGACCCCUCGCCGACGGGACCUCUGUAGCCGUUCCAUCUGGCUAGCAAGGAAGAUUCGUUCAGACCUGACUGCCCUUAUGGAAUCUUAUGUGAAGCAUCAGGGCCUGAACAAGAAUGUCAACCUGGACUCUGUGGAUGGUGUGCCAGUAGCAAGCACUGAUCAGUGGAGUGAGCUAACAGAGGCAGAGAGACUCCAAGAGAACCUCCAAGCUUACCGUACCUUCCAUGUUAUGUUGGCCAGACUUUUAGAAGACCAGCAGGUACAUUUUACUCCAACCCAAGGUGACUUCCAUCAAGCCAUACAUACCAUUCUGCUCCAAGUUUCGGCCUUCACCUACCAGCUAGAGGAGUUAAUGGUGCUCCUGGAGCACAAAAUCCCCCCAAAUGAGUCUGACGGGAUGCCAGUUGUUGGAGAUGGUGGUCUCUUUGAGAAGAAGCUGUGGGGCCUAAAGGUGCUUCGAGAGCUUUCACAGUGGACCGUGAGGUCUAUCCAUGACCUUCGUGUCAUUUCUUCCCAUCAGACGGGGAUCCCAGCACAUGAGAGCCAAUAUGUUGCUAAGGACAAGAAGAUGUAGCAGUUAGCCUUCUCUGUCUUCCUUGCUCUCUGUUCUGAUGGAAUAUACAUAGUUUUCUGGGGCCUCGUUUUCCCAUCUUCAGUUUUUGAAAACCUUUUAAGACCACAAGCAUUUCUGUCAAGUAGGAUUGGAGACACAGACAAAUGGGUAGAGAGGUUUACAUAGCUUGGGGUGUGGGUGUGGGUGUAAGACAAAUGGGAGCAGGGACAGCAUCCUUCCACCUUAGUGAUCUAACCAUUCUACCCACUAAGUAACCUUUACCCUUGUUUAACAACAUUACAGAUAGGAAGAGAGAAAUAUCUCAAACUCUAGUUCUGGAAGAUUUCUGAGAAGACUAAACCAAUGAAUGGACUCUGUACAGCCAUUCAUACUCUUAGAUAAUAAAAAUAAUAAUAGCCAACACUUAUGGAGUCGCUGCUGUAUUAAGGCAGUGAACCAGAGGUCUUACAUAUGUUAUGUAUAACCUGUACAGCAACUCGUGAGGAAGGUGGUGUCAUUCAUCUCUGAUGAAAAAACAAGCUCACAGAGACCAUUAAGGUCAUGCAGUGCCAAGUGACAUACUAAGUUUGAACCCAGAUCCUCACUGUAAAGCCGAUGUGCUUUUUACUUUAGAGGCUUGAUUAUGAAACUGUCACUGACCUUCUGUCUUGGAGGGUUGGAAGGUGUAAUCAUCUAUGUACAGUAUCCUCCACACUAAAGAAGCCCUUACACACACUCAUAAGUCAGCAGCAAUUUUUAGUGUUAAAGGCAAUAUUCGUUGCCCAUGCUUGGCAAAGAAGAGAAAAGCUGGAGAUCGUAGAUCCCAUUUCAAAGAUGAGGCCUACAAGACUUCUGAACCUUAGCAGUUGAAAAUGUGCAGUAAUACAGCCUGGUUGAAAGUGUCUGCUGAUGUUCUUGGAUAUUGGGUUGGGCACAGCCUAUACCAGCUUACUUCACAUUCACUAUAAUUAGCAAUCCAGGGAUAUAGAUCCAAGCAUUUGUAGAUGAUGGGUGGAAUUCUACCCAAGUUAAAAAGUCACAGGACUGUCACUUCACAUUCUCUGAACUUAGUCAUGAGGAGAGGGUGAGGCCCGCUUUUCCCACUGGGAAUGCCAGAGAGUCUGCAACAAUAUACAGCAAAGGCUCCAGGGGAUGAAAAGCCAGUAAGUAUGGACACGAAUGGAAAAGGCAAGGCCCAUGUUCUAAUGGUACAUAUGUGAUAGGUAAUAUUUAACUUGUCAUUAAAACCCAAGAUCUUAGAUUGGGGACCUCAAUUUUAUUAGUCAAAGUGUCUUUACUCUUAAGUGAACCAUGAGUCAGAAGGGCCCAGCUCCCAUUAGGUCACUUGAGGUGAGGAUGGGUGACUUGACUUGUAUCCUUCCCCACGUGGGUUCAUGUCCAAAUUCCAUGAAGUCAAUGUUGUGAAAGUUCAAGGGAAGUAAGUCUCUGCCUUCUUAGAAUGCAUUUAUGGAAAUAUGGGUGUAUGUGUGUGUAAAAGAUCAAUAGUAGGUUGGAAUUACAAUCCCUGGGUUUAAGUAUUGGGGAAAUCAGUGAAGGCCAGAAAUAGUUUCCAGGAGGAAACAGGAGUUGUGUCACAGAGGCUGGCUGAGUACAAAUAGGAAGAAAUUAUAAAGAAGGAAACCGAAGAGUUGGCUGCUAGAAAAAAACUUGGGCAAUAAUAAACAUUGGGGCCCUGGCUGCCAGCAGAGGCAUGUUGGUUUUAUUUCAUUGGUAAUAUGGGUAUAGAUACAUAGUUACCCAAUACAUGUUGUUUGUUUCAUUCAAGCUUUUCCUAAUUGAAAUGGUUUCUUCUGCCUACCAGCAGCAUUUUCAACUAAUAAUAUAUCUGCUUGCUUUGUAAAGCUCUUAGAUUUAUGCAGAUGAUCCAUUUGCUUAAUAAAAGUGUGAAUAAAAUUUCUUUAUGGGGGAAUAACUGAUCGUAAACUUUCUCGAUAUAAAAUAAGUGACCCUUUUCCAAGUGUUUUUAUCGUCAGCAGAUGUGACAGAGUGGACAUCUGCAGAAGUGUCAGAAACCAGCAGAGCUUGGUUUAAGCUCUGCUCAGUGGCCUCUGGAGGAAUAUUUAUGUGUAAGAGGCAGAUUUGAAAUGGCAGCAGGUCUGGGAAAGGUACAAGCUUUAACUCUGAGGACAUAGCAGCCUAUCUAUAUUUCAGUCAGCUCACAGAAGCAGGAAGUCUUUACCAAGUGCAUUUCUCAGCACUGUGCUAAGAGCUGGGUAUUAGUUUCUCCUUCAAGAAACUUCUAAGUGCCUGAAGAGAGAAGCAUGGAGAAACCCCUUAGAAAAAGACAAAGGGAAAAUGAGUACUUAGCCAUGUAACAAAAGCAAACACUCAUGAGAUCUAAAUGUUAAGCAUUGCAUUGUGUUUACCUGAAAUGGAUAAGUCAAAUUGAAUAAGGUACUGGCAAUGGGCCAUUGGUCCAUUGUUCUAGGUGUGUGUUUUAUGAUACUGAUAAGAGAGAACAACUACGCUGCAGAAAUAUAUAAGUUUUAAGGAUCCACAAUCCAAAAGAGAUUUUUGUUCUUUAGAUUUUAUUCCCUUGUUUCUUAGAUCUCUAUGUGGAUAGAAUAUCUGGGGAAAUCAAUUGAUAUAACUAUAUAGAGUUAUAGUUAUGAUCUGCAUUAAAUUUAGCUCCAAGCCUGUAUUUCCACAGCCACCGGAAAGUCCUCUCUGCAGGGAGAGAUUGUUUUCUUGAGUCCAUCAAGGAAUCGCAUGCAUGAGAGCUGAUAAAUUUUUCUUACAUUAAAAAGGUUACUUGAGAAAGGCUUGCAAAAUUAGCACAAACCUGAUGGCCAAGCAUUGAAUAACAUUAGUUUUAAGAUAAUCAGGUACAAGGGAAGUGAGAGUUUUAAUAAAAGUGGAAAGCCAUAGCCCUGACAUUGCUGUUAUUUUGAGCUGCUAUGGAUGAAAGCCCAUUGGAUGACUCAUUGUGACCACUGGUCAGAUAGGGAGAGAACAAGUAUUUCAGGGUGACAUAUCUGAAAAGUGGCUUGAAAUGACUUUUGCUUCAGAAUCCCCAGCUCCUCACUGGGUACCCAAGCAUCGUCUCUCUCUCUAUAAAAGAGUAAAAGAUGUAGGAAGAGAAAGACCUCCACCAGAAUGGGGAAGGGAUUGGUGAAGAGGAAGGGGAGGGAGUAGAAUCUAGACUUGAUUUCAGUUGAUGUGUGUGUGUGUGUGUGUGUGUGUGUGUGUUCGUAUGAUACCAAUGUGGUGUUUAGUGCAGGGCAUUUUUUUUUUUAAAGGAAUAAUUUGGCCUCCCGCCUCAUCUCAACCUCCACCUCAAGCCUCAGACCUAAGAAUGAAUCCUCUGAAUGUUGGACAGUUAAAAAAGGGAAAAGUGGUAAAAAAAAAACUUGACCUCAGCACAAAAACUUUAAUAGAACUCAGGAUUACAGAUAAAAACCAAGCAAAAAGAUAAUUUGACUAUUUGAUGAAAUGUGUAUGGGGUGUGAAAAACCUGUCUGCUUUGUAAUUCAUGACAUAAAAUAUAUAUCUCAAGUCAAUCUAUUUUUAGCACAUAGGAAAUAAAAGAUGCAAGAAUGGCUAACAAUAAAGUUCUCUUCUCAGCAA